CUGCCAGGCCAGUGCGAGCGGUGCCAAAUAAAUCGAACGCACUCUGCUGUAUUAUUACAUCAUGUUUUCUGUGAUUGCGAUUAACGACCCCGGAAUACUUUUGUGUUCUCGAUCAAUCAACAAUAUCCGUUUUUGUGAAAAAAUUCCGUGGGACGAGCCUUUUUGUUUUCGCUUUUUGUGUUUUAUCACGAGUAUCCGCGCAUAUAUAGUUCCAUAAUUUGCUGAAGCACGUCCAGUAUAUGCGGUUUACGUUUGGAUUGUUUUUUUUUCUCUCAUUAUUUCUUGCUUUUUGAGCUUCCCAUUUUCAUAAAUUUUCAGCGAUACUCAUCGCGCGACUCUGGUCUUCGAUGAGAGAGUUAUAAAAAAAAUUUUUUAAAUAAGGAUGAAUUCGCCAACGGAGGACGGAGCAGACGUGCUAUUCGAUGGCGAUGGCAAUGAUAUUUCGGGCAACAAUCAAGAAUUCGAAUCCCCGGACGUACUAAUCCGCUCGGCCUCGCGUAAUAACAGUCAACAACGGCGGGGAACGACCAUGAUUGGAACAAUAUUUUUGAUAAUAAACGCGACGCUCGGAGCAGGUCUACUCAACUUUCCUCAAGCUUUUGAUAAAGCCGGCGGAAUUGCAGCGGCUUCGAUGGUUCAACUGAUUUUUCUAGUAUUCGUCGCAGGAACUCUGGUGAUUUUAGCUUAUUGCAGCGACGUUACUAAUACCUCUAAUAUGCAAGAUACCCUUGCCGGACUGUGCGGUAAAAGAGCUUUGAUCAUCUGUGGUCUAUGCGUCUCUCUUUAUAGCUUCGGUUGUUGUCUCACUUUUUUGAUAAUCGUGGGUGACCAGUUUGACAGAGUUUUGACAACUUAUUACGGAAUGCAAUACUGUCAUAUAUGGUAUCUUUCCCGAAAUUUCAUUACCUUCGUCAGCAGCUGCAUUUUCAUUUUACCAUUGUGUUUCUUGAAAAAAUUGGAGGUACUGAGCUAUGCGAGCUCGAUCGGAUGUUUAACAAUCGUUUAUCUGAUUUUCAUAGUAAUCAGAGAAAAUGUAAUCGACGAGAAUGACGAUGAUGAGCCAAAACUGAUUCAAACGUGGCCGGAUAAUGUGGCUCAAGGGAUGCAAAUAGUACCUAUUAUUUGUUUCGCGUAUCAGAGUCACAUGACGGCCAUACCAACUUACGCUUGUAUGAAGGAAAGAAACCUCCGAAACUUUACAAUCUGCUCGGUUCUCAGUACGUCAAUAUGUUUCAUCUCUUAUACGCUGGUCGGAGCUUUCGGAUACACGAGUUUCGGUAUGGGCCAAGUUCCCGAAGACAUACUUCAGGGUUAUACGGACGAUGGCUCGGCCGUAACGGCUGCAACUCUCGCCGUUGCUAUUAAAAAUUUUGUCACUUAUCCGGUUGUUCUAUUUUGCGGACGUGAUGCUCUCCUCGGUCUCUUGAAUAUGACCGGGAUUCGUGAUGCUGGCCUCAGAAUGCCUAUAACAUAUUUGUGGUUCGGAUCGUCGCUUCUCAUCGCCAUUCUCGUACCUGAUAUUGGACCGGUUAUCAAUCUUAUGGCAACACUUUCAGCAGCUUUUAUAUUCGUUUUUCCUGCUAUACUCGUUACGGCUCUCGGAACUUUCCUUUGCGGUUUUAUCUUCGUUCAAACCGUUCAAGCCAUCGCCGUCGCAAAUAAACAUUUGGAAUCCCCUUUGGUAACGUUUAUCGGAUCAAAUAUUCGUAAGAGUCUUUGCCUGUGAAUCCUCCUCUCUCCCCCGCGUACGCGCGCAUUUACUCGUUUGCUGUGAUAAAAUUUUACAAUAAACGACGUCUCGUACUUGUGCAAAUGCGAGCGUCGGAAAGACUGACGAUGAGAGACGAUGCAUAAUUGGAUAAACACGAAAACCUAUUGGAGCCGUUAUUAUUGAAUAAUUUUUUAAUCGGCCAAUCAAGCCCAUAAACACACUCAUUUGUAUUGAUUGGUUAUCUAAUGGAACCUCUGUCAUGUACACAGAAAAUAAAGCUCUAUAUGAGGCUCUUAAA